CUUCGAAUGAGAGAAGGGACAGCAACUGUUCUGGACUAUGUAAUCUAUUACUUGUUUUGCGAUGGAGGGGACAGUGGUGGCAGCAGGAGAAGAGAAGCCACAAAAGCGGGUGCGUUUCCGCGUGGCUUCGGGCAAUAGUGGCCGAGUGUUGAAGGAGAUAUUCAAGGAUGAAGGGCCUUCUGACUCGUUGGAUUCCGACUGCACCAGCAGCUCGGACGCAGACCGUGCUAGCACCCCUUCCACUAGCGGAGAUGCUAACGGACACCUGUAUGGGUUUCUGGGGUCUGAGCUGGACGACAGUGAGAGCGAGCCGGACGAUCUGCUCAUGUAUGUAGGUGCCUCAAAAGACAGAGUGUUCAGCACUAAACGUGUCAACAUCCUCAGCAAAAAUGGGACUGUGAGGGGAGUCAAGCACAAAGUUAGUGCAGGUCAAGUACUGUUUGAGAACCUUCCAAAAGUGAAACAUUGUAAUUCCUCCCAACAGUCUACCCUGACAGUGGAGUUUGGCAGGAUAGUGAUAUACACCACAAGCUUUCGUGUUGUAAGGACCACUUUUGAGCGUUGUGAGUUGGUCCGAAAGAUCUUCCAGAACCACAGGGUCAAGUUUGUGGAGAAGAACAUCGCCUUGGACAGUGAUUAUGGGAAGGACUUAGAGGAACGAUGCAAGAGAGUAGGAGAACCUCCCUCAUUACCAGUUGUGUUCAUCGAUGGACACUAUCUUGGGGGUGCUGAGAAAAUAUUGGAUAUGAAUGAAUCGGGAGAACUUCAAGACCUUCUAACAAAGAUUGAGAGGGUACAGCAGCCCCACACGUGCCAGAGCUGUGGGGGCUUUGCCUUUGUCCCGUGCCCGAUGUGCCAUGGCAGCAAGAUGUCUGUGUUCCGCAACUGCUUCACUGACUCCUUCAAAGCCCUCAAGUGCACUUCGUGCAAUGAGAACGGCCUGCAACCCUGUCUGAGCUGCAGCCAAUGAGGCCUUCAAGUGCCUGACCCCAACACCCCCCAUCCUUCCCCCAGGUCUUCUUUGGCCAAACAUCGGCCUGCAUCUAAGAUCUGGCUCUAGAAAAACCAUGGCUUUUUCCUCCAUGGGGAUUUAUUAUUAUCAAUAAAACUGCAUUUGUAAGAAAAUGUGACUCAUUGAACUGGGCUUAUCUAUGAUCAGGCAUGCAAAACUUCCAGAGACAUUUUCUGCUGUUUUACAAGAACUUCAGUAGACCUAUGCUUUUAAACAGUACCUCAGCCACGGCUGGGCACGAUAGAGGACUGAACUGCAAUACAAUCACUGAUAUGCGCAACUGUGUAGCGGUGGAGUAAGCUGACCUCCAAUGACCGUAACCUUGUUAGAUAAUUAACAGCAAGGUGUCUCCUUCACCAACCAUGCUUCCAACACUAAUCCGAGUGCAGUGAGGUGGGAAAAGGAAAGUAUAU